UGAGCACCAAGCAGGAAGAUAAACGGGAUUGCGGGAAGCCGGAGAGUCCGGAGGAGCCGCGAAGGGCUUCUUUUCCCCUUUGGCUGCGCCCGCGGAGCAGCCCCGUUGCGAUUGGCCGUACGCGGGGGGCGGUAGUCCCGUGUCCGCCCGCCCCUCGGGCCGCGAGAGGCGCCGGGAUCGUGGGCCCGGGCUGAGCCAGCGGCUGCUGUGUGGCUGUGUCCGCAAGCCGGCGGGGCGAGGCGGCCCGGCCCAGCGCGUCAGGCCUGAGAACUGGGAGGAAGCUGGAGAAAAGAUGCCCUCUGAAUCUUUCUGUUUGGCUGCCCAGGCUUGACUUGACUCCAAAUGGUUGCAAACAGAUAUACAGAUGAUAGUGUUGAACAAAGUGGAACAAAGAAAGAAGAUCUGGAUGACAGAAAAAAGAUGAAGAAGAAACUCCUACACCUGUAUAUAGCGCCAAGUGAAUUCUGGACAGCUGGGUAUGGGGCAAGCAACCAGCAACCACUUUUCAAAAAGAAGAAAGAUGAGAGCAAGAUUAAGAGAAGGACGAGGAGGAGAAAGAAGGAAGCAUGUUUAUUUUCUGCAAUCUAUAAAAGCACACAGUUCAUCCAGAAAUUGCAGAAUUGCAGAGGAUUAGAUAGACAUCAUUCUGAAAGUCUUCCUUAUAGGUGUAUUUUAUUCAGUGUUUGGGUCUAGUUAUUAAAAGGGACUUUAUUUCCACCCCACCUUCUUCUAGAGAGUAUUUCAGGAUUCAACUAAGGGGUGGGGCAAAGGGAAGUGAACACAUGCUUUUAUGAGCUUUCUAAAACAUCUGCUAGAUAUACAGUGAUCCAUUUGCACUUAAUGUGAAAUACUGGCCUUAAUUCACAAUUGGGAUGAGGAGAGAGAAGAAAAGCACAAUUGAGGUAGUCACCUAUUAUUUAUCAUGCUAUCAAGCCCUGUAAUUAAAUAAAAUCAUGGAGACUGAAGAUAGAGAAAUAAUACACUUCUAGUAAACAAGUACAGUGUGACACAGAAAGAGGGGACAAACUAUAGUUGUUCUGAGUUAGAACAUGAGUCCAAAAUGUUGAGUUUUGUGUACUAGAUGUAAUAAUUAUUUAAGAAUUGAAAGAAAACUCAUUUAUUUUGUACAAAGCUAGUGGUUUAAUACACACCAGAGUAUCAUGGUGAUUUCUGGGUGAAAUCCUCCUCUUACAGAAAAAUAUCUACCAAAUUAGAUAACCUUUUGCUUUUAGAUGGCUUUGACUGUUACAAAGCUCUGUUUUUAAUUUCUUUGAGACAGGGCCUCACUCUGUCACCCAAGCUGAAGUGCAGUGGCACAAUCAUGGCUCACUACAGCCUCACCCUCCCGGGCUCAAAUGAUUGAGUAGGUAGAAACACAGGCAUGUGGUACUACGCCUGGUUAAUUUUUAAAUUUUUUUUUUUUUUUUUUUUUUUUGUAGCGAUGGAGUCUUACUACCUUGCAAAGGCUGGUCUCAAACUCCUGGACUCAAGUGGUCCCUCUGCCUUGCCCAGCGCAAAGCUCAUUUUUAAUGGUUAACAGAUUGAGAAAGCAAACCCUCUGUCUAUGACUGAAGAAAGAAAGAAGAAGUUACUGAAGUUACAGAAGAAGUUACUGAAAGAAGGUUGACUGAAGAAAUAAUGGGAUAGACCAACACAGAGAUGGCCCAGGAUAGCAACUGAAGGAGCGCUUGGCCAACGAGCUUUCGGGACUGCCCAAGGUGCGCCUGAUCCACGCCAAGAGAGAGGGCCUGGUGCGAGCCCCGCUGCUGGGGGCGUCUGCGGCGAGGGGCGAUGUCCUGACCUUCCUGGACUGUCACUGUGAGUGCCACGAGGGGUGGCUGGAGCCGCUGCUGCAGAGGUGCGUGAGCCGCCCACCACGGGAGGGACAGCACGUUACCUGGUGUAGGUAACAUGAGGAACAGACUCAUCCCGUCGCUUGAGAGUUAACGGGUUGCCUGGGCUCAGCUACUCCUCUGUCACUGGGCAGGAGAGCAGUCCCUGCUUCGUUAGGCUGUUGAGGCCAUGAAAUGAUUUAGUGCAUGGCAAGUGCUUGGGAGUGCCAGCUGGAGGAGGCCCCGUGUCACUGUUUGCUUUUAUUAUUUCUUCUUUUUUAUUUUUGUUUUUUGAGACAGAGUUUCACUCUUGUUGCCCAGGCUGGAGUGCAAUGGUGUGAUCUUGGCUCACCGCAACCUCUGCCUCCCGGAUUCAAGUGAUUCUCCUGCCUCAGCCUCCAGAGUAGCUGGGAUUACACGCAUGCACCACCACACCUGGCUAAUUUUGUGUUUUUAGUAGAGAUGGGGUUUCACCACUUUGGUCAAGCUGGUCUCAAACUCCUGACCUCAGGCAUGAGCCACCAAACCCAGCCUUAUUAUUCCUUCUUAUCCGAGCUUGUUGCAGAAAACCGAGGAAGUAUCAUCAACCAAGAACACUUAAAAAAAUCCUCAAUCAAGUAGAAUGGCACUCCUGGAGAAUACACAUUUCGAUGUAUUUCUUUCAAGCAGGGCUGACUUAUCCCUUACACCCAGGGGGAACAAUGCCUAGGGCCCAUGAAACUGGAAGGAACCCACAUGAAUGUCAUGAAUUUCUUUUAAAAUCAGAAGGGAAAAAUGAAUAUCAUAAUAAUGGGUAUGUAAUAAUGAAUCUAGCAUGGAUUGUAUUUGUCUUUAUACCAGUAUAGUCAUAAAAUAUGUUUUUUAAUCUGUCUGCUUGUUAUAGAGGAAGGGCCCCUGAAAGUCAUAAUGUGGCCCUGUUCUCAAGGCCACUGUCCUUGCUGUUCCACGGCAUCUCACUCUCACCCUCCUACCGUCCCCCCUCAAGAAGCCACCAUCUACUGGGGCCCAAUUUUUGUUCCCUUCUCUCUUUCCUCCCCAUGCUCUGCCUCAUCUCUCUGCCCUUUCUGUUUCUGUGUCAUGGAAGUCAGGAGCUGGGCCGGCCAACCAGGAGCUCCCCAGGUGGGAGAGGAAGGAAGGGAUCUUUGCUUGGCUUCCCCUCUGUGGAGCAGGCAAAGGGCUGGAGGGGCAGGGUCUCUGCAGCUGGGAAACUGCUUCCCCGCAGACACCAACACUGUGGUUGUUAGGGUUGUCUGGAAGAGCUGGGGACCCACUUGCCUUCCUUCCUGGGUGUGACCCAGCUACCUCCUGCCCUGCCACUUCCUACUGUCCUGGCUCCUUGUCAGCUGCAAGUUCUAUAGCUGUCUCUUUCUCCUCCUCAGCUCUGAUGAGCUUUCCUAGCAGCAGAUUCGAGGCACCUCUGGCCUGUGAUGGAGCUGGAGACUAUUUAGAACACAGUUAUGGCCGAGUGCUCCCUCUGGAACCCGGACCAGUGGGCACCCCCUCCUUCGUUCUGCCACUGCACUCAUAGAUGGCCACCUCUACGCAGACAGAGUCUCACUCUGUUACCCAGACUGGAGGGCAGUGGUGUGAUCUUGGCUCACUGCAACCCCCGCCUCCCAAGUUCAAGCGGUUCUCCUGCCUCAGCUUCCUGAGUAGCUGGGACUACCAGUGCGUGCCACCAUGCCCAGCUAAUUUUUGUAUUUUUAGUAGGGACAGGGUUUCACCGUGUUGGCCAGGCUGGUCUUGAACUCCUAACCUCAGUGAUCCAUCCACCUCAGCCUCCCAAAGUGCUGGGAUUACAGGCGUGAGCCACCGCACCUGGUCCAGUCAUACUCUUAGUAAUUUUUUUUAAUCGAUCUAUCUAUCUAUCUAUCUAUCUAUCUCUAUUUAUCUGAGACAGAGUCUCGCUCUGUUGCCCAGGCUAGAGUACAGUAGAGUAAUCUUGGCUCACUGCAGCCUCUGCUGCCCAGGUUCAAGUGAUUCUCCUGGCUCAGCCUCCCGAGUAGCUGGGAUUACAGGCAUGCGCUACCAUGCCAGGCUAAUUUUUGCAUUUUUAGUAGAGAUGGGGUUUCACCAUGUUGGCCAGGCUGGUCUCAAACUCCUGACCUCAAGUGAUUUGCCCGUCUCAGCCUUCCAAAGUGCUGGGAUUACAGGCAUGAACCACCAUGCCCAGCCAGUUAUUUUUAAAUGUACAGUUAAUUUUUUUUUUUUUUUACUAUAGUCACUCUGUAGUGCUAGCAACUAGUACGUCUUAUUCAUUCUUUCUAUUUUUUUUGUACCCAUUAACCAUCCAACCAACUACCCUUCCCAGCCUCUGGUAACCAUCCUUCUGCUCUCUGUCUCCGUGAGUUCAAUUGGUUUAAGUUUUAGCGCCCACAAAUAAGUGAAAACAUGCAAAGUUUGUCUUUCUGUGCCUUGCUUAUUUCACCUAACAAUGACCUCCAGUUCCAUCCAUGUUGUUGCAAAUGACAGCAUCUCAUUCUUUUUACCGGAUGAAUAGUACUCUAUUGUGAGUAUAUGUACCACACAUCAUUUAUCCAGUCAUCUGUUAAUGGACACUUAGGUUGCUUCCCAAUCUUGGUUAUUGUGAAUGGUGCUGCAACGAACAUGACAGAGCAGAUAUAUUUUUGGUAAUUGGAUAUGUACUUAGGAGUAGAAUUGCAGGAUCAUAUGGUAGCUCUAUUUUUAGUUUUUUGAGGAACCUCCAAACUGUUCUCCAUAGAGGUUGUACUAAUUUACAUUCCCACCAACGGUGUAUGAGGGUUCAACCUGGGGAGCUUUUUAAACACACCAAUGCCUGGUCUCAUUUGGAUCUGACUUUUGGGGCUGGGGCCUCGACUUCUGCUCCCCAGGGAACUUUGGUGUGCACCAGCAUUGGGACACAUCAGACUGUGGACUCUCCUUAAGGUGGCCCCAGACAGGAGUGGUAACCCUUUCCAUCCAGGGGCUUUUGGAAAUGUGGGAAGGUAUUCUUGGUUGUCAUGUCAACCAGGUAGGGCUCCUGGCAUUUUGUGUAUCAGGGAGGCCCAGUAUCCUGCAGAUCAGCCCUGUGCAGUGGAGAAUGGUUCUGGCCCAGAUGCCAAUAGCAUCCCUAUGGGUCCUGCACAUUCUCCAGCCAGGACUGGGAGUCCUGUACUCCAAUGCUGGUACAGCAUUCUCCUAGUUUUCCCCUUCUUGUAAAAAUUAGGCUGUCUGUGGUUCCAGCGAGCUUGAUCACAGGCCAUCAGUUCCUGGGGGAGAUGGCCUUUGACAGGGGCCAGGUGGAACUUGCCCAGCAGGUCUGAUGUUGGCCAUUUCAACCUUUUAAAUAAUGCCAUCAAUUUCUUUAAAUAAGCGGAUGUUGGUGGAUACCUAGUAUGCAACUUCCUCAAUUUGGGGAACUCACAGAUCUGAGACUCUGUCUCACGCAACCUGUCCAGAACAGUGCAAUUUCCCUGAGUGGUAUUUCUAAUAUCCCCUCUGACUUUCUGGUGUCAUUCUAAGGACAGUGAAAGCACAAGUCUGGCUGAUCUCUGUUGCAUUGUCCUGUGUUGUGGGACUCUUAGGAUUUUUAGGUCUCAAAUUCCAGACAACAUCCCCCAAAAUGUACUCAAGGAAAUCUGGUGUUCACACAUGGUCUAGUCUCAGUCCAUCUUUCCUAGUGUGGUGUCAAAUGCAAAGAAACAAGGCCUGGAAGAAUGCUGAGGGAUGGCCAGAUUUGUAAUAAUGUUGUGGAGAGAACAGUUGAAACCAACACACAGGCUGAUACCUGCAAAAGGAAAUUAUAGCAUUUUUCACUAUGUGUAAUAUUUCACAAUAACAAAAGUUAAAAGAAAAAAAUAGCAAUAGUUUCAGGUUGUCUGCCAGCCAUCUUAAAAACAUUUUCCCAGGAAAUCCUGACAUUUAACCCUCCUAAUGGAUAUUAUAAUUCCAGUGUUACCACUGAGGCAAUAGGCUCUGAAGUUAGGUGACUUGGCUAAUGUCACACAGCAAAUAAAUAGCAGGAUUAGAAUUUAUAUUCUAAUUCCAAAGCUGACCCUUUGGUCUGGGUGCACCUUUGUUCGUAGGAGAUAAAUAUUUCUUGAUGUUAAGAUGUUUCAUUAUGAUUAAACCUCUCGCACUUCUGAGAGAUUGAAAUCAUAGAGCGUUUGGUCAGAAUGUCCAUGGAUAGAAUCAGAGCAUAUUAAAGUCAUGGGACUUUUUGUUUGAAAGCCCUCCCUGGCCCCCAGAUCUCCCCCAUGGUGGUCACCUGCCAGGGCUCUGACAUGGCUACAGACACCUGGAAUAAGAGAAGCAGGCCUUUCUCAGGUGUUCCUCCCUUUUAUUGGAAGGAAGACAAGAAUUCACCCUUGAAUUUCCCAAUUGUCUUCCUGCUGCCCGUCUGCAUAGAAGAGAUGGAUGGAUGUCUUGGGUGCUUUCAGGAUCCAUGAAGAGGAGUAGGCAGUGGUGUGCCCGGUGAUUGACAUGAUCGACUGGAACACCUUCGAAUACCUGGGGAACUCCGGGGAGCCCCAGAUCGGUGGUUUCGACUGGAGGCUGGUGUUCACGUGGCACACGGUUCCCGAGAGGGAGAGGAUAUGGAUGCGAUUCCCCGUUGAUGUCAUUGGGUCAGGAGCUGACUUCUGGGUGACUUGUUUUUUAAGCAUGCCUCGUUGCAUCUGGCCGACCUGUCAGCGGAGGCCCUCGGGAGGAAUGGUUAGCUGUCAGCUUAACUACCUCCCCUCUUCCCACUUUUUUGUCCAGAGUAUUUGCUUAUUUUUAUUAAACAUGUCUGCUACACAUGUCAAUUUUAUAUCGGUAUAUUUUAUUUAUUUAAUUUUUAAAUUGUGGUAAAAUAUGCAUCACAGAGAAUUUACCAUUGUAACCAUUUUGAAGUAUGUGAUAUUAGGCUGAGCCUGGUGGCUCACGCCUGUAAUCCCAGCACUUUGGGAAGCCAAGGGAGGAGGAUUGCCUGGGCAACAUAGCAAGAACCUAUCUCUACAAAAAAAUAAAAAUCAGCUGAGCGUGGUAGUGUGCAUCUGUAGGCCUAGCUAGCUGGGAGGCUGAGACAGGAGGAUUGCUUGAGUCAAGGAGUUCAAGGCUUUAGUGAGCUAUGAUCACGCAAUUGCACUGCAGCUGGGGCGACAGAGCGAGACCCUGUCUCUAUAAAAAAUAAAUAAAUAAAAUAAAGCAUGCAAUUUUAGCAGCAUCAAGCACAUUCACAGUAUUGUGCAAACAUGAUCUUUACCUAUUUCCAGGGCUUUUUCAUCAUCCCACACGGAAAACAUCCCCACUAAGCAAUAACUUCCCGUUCUCCCCUUCCCGGCCCCUGGGAACCUCUGUUCUUUCAGGCGCCCCAUGUAAGUGGAAUCGUACAAUAUUUGUCCUUUUGUACUUGGUUCUUUCACUUAUCAUCAUGUUUUCAAGUUUCCUAGAGAACAUCAUUCCUUGUGAUGGCUGAGUAAUAUUCCUUUGUACAUAUAUGCUACAUUUUGUUUAUACAUCCUUCUGUUGGUGGACACUUGGGUUGUCCUUUGGUUAUUGUCAAAUAAUGCUGCUAUGAACAUCGGUGUACUUUUAUCUGCUUGAGUCCCUGUUUUCCAUUCUUUCGGGUAUACACCUAGGAGUGGAUUGCAUUCUUGAGGAAACAUCAUUAGGCCCCUUUGACCCGGGAUGUGGGUGGAUCCAUGGCAGGUGGAGGAGCCUGCUCUGGCCAGUGGGUGAGUCAAUGUCUGAGUAGAGUGGGCCCAAGGGAGGCUUAGCAGCUCUCAUUCUGGAGGUGUUGAAGUGAUAGCCUGGCUUCUUCCCCCCUUCCAAGUUCAGAAGCAAGUGGGAGACAGAUGUGGGAGUUGGGCAGAAGGAGGUCAGGACUUCAGCCUCACCACUGGUGUGUUGAACCAGAAGUAGGCUCUUAGUUCUGCAUUCACAUUUGGCAUUUGGGCUUCUGAAUCCUUUCACCAGAGUCCUGACCUUAAGAUGACCCGCUGCUGGCUGGAGUGGAGCACGCAAGGAGAGUGUCCAGAGAUAAGGCUGGAGAGAUGAGUGGGGCCAAGGGAAGGGAUUUGGACUUGACCCUGAGCAGGUAGAAGCCACUGAAGGGAUCCGAGCAGGAAGUGACCUGAGUAUGUGCCACGUGCCAAGUGGUGAGGGUCCUGGAGGGACUGUUGUGGGCAGGGAUACCAUUAGGAGGCUCUGCAGUCCUCCAGGUCAGAAACAAUGGUUCAGGAGAUGGUGGGCACUGUGGAUUCCAGAGAUGGUAAGAUGGAAGAACUGGAAGAAAUUGAGUGGGAAGUGGGGAAGGAAGGAAUUGAGAAUGGCACCCAGGCUUCUAUAGGAGCCCUUAGUGAGAACAUCUUGCUCAAUCCCUCACUGAACAGGUUUGGAAACUGAGACACAGAGUAGGAGGCUCUAAUCCAGGCUACUUAGGCAGCCUGUAAUGAAUUCAUGGGGGGCCAUGAAUUCUGAUUGUCCCCUUACCCCACAUGCUCAGGGCACCUAUCCUACCCAUCCCAUAAUAUCCCUGUGCCUCAGUUAUCUCAUCUGUAUAAUAAGUACCGGCAUAUCCACCCUGCCUAUUUCCUAGAUUUUUAGGAUAAACACACAUGAACGUGCUUUGUAGUCUAGAACCUUCCCUUCCACUGGGAACGUUGCUGUUGUCUUCUCAGUUGGCCCCACGCUUGGAGUCCAGGGCAGGCCCCGAUGCUGCAGAAUGUUAACAUUUUUAGUGGUUCUGCUCUCAAUGUUCUCUUUCCCUGUUUCUUUUUUUUUUCAAGUUGGGGUCUCGCUCUGUCACCCAGGCUGGAGUGCAGUGGCAUGAUCUUGGCUCACUGCAACCUCUGCCUCCUGGAUUCAAGUGAUUCUCCUGCCUCAGCCUCCUGAGUAGCUGGGAUUACAGGAGCGGGCCACCACACCCGGCUAAUUUUUGCAUUUUUUUUAGUAGAGACAGGUUUUCGCCAUAUUGGCCAGGCUGGUCUUGAACUCCUGACCUCAGGAGAUCCACCCGCCUCGGCCUCCCAAAGUGCUGGGAUUACAGGCGUGAGCCACUGCACCCGGCGCCCUUUGCCCAUUUAUUAAUGGGAUUAUUGGUUUGUUUUUGACCACUGAUUUGUUUGAGUUCCUUGUAUUUUAUGGAUAUUAAUCUCCUGCCAAAUGAGUAGUUUACAAAUAUUUUCUCCCAUUCAAAAGGGUGCCUUGUCACUCUGUUGAUUAUUUCAUUUGCUUUGCAGAAGCAUUUGUUUUUAAUAUAGUACUAUUUGCCUAUUUUUGUAGCCUGUGAUUUUGAGGUCUUAGUCAUAAAGCUUUUGCCUAGACUAAUGUCCUGAACAAUUUUCCUUAUGUUUUCUUCUAAUAUUUUUAGUAGUUUUGGGCCUAUAUUCAUCUUGAACUGGUUUUUCUAUAUGGUGAGAGAUAGAGGUCCACUUUCAUUCUUCUUCUGGUUAUCCAGUUUUCCCAGCACCAUUUAUUGAAGAAGGUAUCCUUUCCCCAGUGUUUAUUCUUUACCGCUUUGCCAAAGAUCAGUUGGCUGUAAAUAUAUGGAUUUAUUUCUAGAUUCUCUAUUGUGUUCCAUUGGUGUAUGUGUCUGUUUUUAUACCAAUACCAUGUUUUCUUAUUCCCCGUGGCUUUGUAAUAUAUUUUGAAGUCAGAUAGUGCAAUGCCUCCAGCUUUGCUGUUUUUGCUCAGUAUUCCUUUGGUUAGCCAGGCUCUUUCUUGGUUACAUGCAAAUUUUAGAAUUUUUUUUUUCAUUUCUGUAAAAAAAAAAAAAUUGGUGUUUUGAUAGGGAUUGCGUUGAAUCUGUAGAUUGCUUUUUGCAGUAUGUCCAUUUUAAUGAUAUUAAAUUGAAGAGGACACAAACAAGUAGAAAGGCAUACCAUGCUCCUGGAUCAAAAGAAUUAAUUAUUCUUAGUUUAGACAUGCAGCUACCUUAUGCUAAGGACACAAUGGACUUAACUGCCAUUACAACAAACCGCAAAUCUAGGAUACCAGGGUCUUUAAGACCAAAAUAAUGCUAUUCCUUAUUAUACUCAAAGGAGUGUGAGAGGGAAAACGUGUUGUGUUCUUUAUCUCUCACAGUGACUAUGGGAAGUCAGUGGGAGUUGUUUCAUGUGGAUAAUUCAAGAAAUAAAGGUUCCAGUGGCUAUGUACUUAUAAAUGGGAUUCUGUGAUAACACCUAAUAUUUUAUGUAGUUAAAACCAUUUUUUUCUUGGAGAAUGGAUAUUAAAAGUGGAAGAAGGGGUGACUUUUUACUGUUUGUCUUAUAUUUGUUUACAGUAUGGAUUUGAUGCCAUAAGCUUGUGUUAUUUUUUAUGUUUAUUAAUAUUGGUAUAAUAAUUUAUCAUUUCCAGUAUUUUCAACAAUUCUGAAUAUCUUAUAUAACAUGUUUUUAUAUUGGAUCAUAAGGCUCUUCAAUAACUAUAUGCACUUUUGUUUAUCAAUCAUUAGCACUUAAUUUAAGUACUUGUGUAUACAAAAAUAACAGAAAAAUAAAAUUGAAAAAAGGAAGGAGGGGACAUAGGAAGGGAGGGUUUCUAACCAAAUGGCUUUGGAAAGAAUAAAUCAGUCAGUCCCAAAGUAGUUUCAUAUAAAUAUGUACUUUUCAAACACCAUGCCUAAAGCACAAUGAUUGAGAUUACAUUAAUAAAAUGUUGAUUUAAAAGUCCUAACAGUUAUUUGCAUGAAGAAAAGCAUUCAAGAUGAUAUAUAGUAUUUUAUGAAUUCUGUUGUUGUUUUGUUAAUUUCUACAAUCCUCAAAACUUAUGAUUUCUGAUUCACUGGUUAUAUUUCUUAAUUUACCUUACCAGCAUUACAUAUUACACAUUGCAGAGAUUAGCAGUGUAUUCAUUUAUAAGAAAAUGUUUUCUCGAAUGAGAAAAAUAGUUAUUUUAGCAUAUUCUAGAAAGUUUAGGGAAACAUGUAAAUGUUCAUCUACCUCUUAAUCAUAAGCUGCUAAAAUUUUGGAGAAAAAUCUAUUUUGGGUAAAAAAAAAAAUCACUUGUUAUUACCAUCAUAAUGUAGUUGAUAAUAUUUUAUCCAUAUAGCAUACAUCUUCUACAUUAAAAUUAUAUUAUGCCAACAUAAACUAUACAAAUAAUAUCAUAUAAAACUUAAGUGUAAUAUAUAUGAUAUUGUUACAAAAUUCUUAAAAUCGAGUGUGUUCAUUUUUUAAUGCAGCCAUAAAGAAUGGCCACAAAUAUGGUGUCUUAGCACAACACAAAUUUAUUACCUUAGAGUUCUGUGGAUCAGAAGCCCAACAUAGAUUUAAGGUGUCAGUAGGGUGCAUUUCAUUCUGAAGAUUCUUGGAAAGGAGAAUUUGGUCCCUGCCUCUUCCAGCUUCUAGAGUCCACAUAGUUUCCUUGGCUCUUGGCCCCUUCCUCCAUUUCAAAAAUCUGUCGCUUUGAGCCAAGUCCUUCUCAUACUGCCAUAUCUCUGGUCCUCUCUUCCACCUUUAUGUGCUCUUGUGAUUACGUUGGACUGAAUAUAAUCAUGCUAAGGUCAGCUGAUUAGCAACUUUAAUUUCAUCUACAUAUCCUUAUUUCCUCUUCGCCAUUUAAUGUAACAUAUUAGUAGGUUUCAAGCAUUAGAAUAUGGAAAUCUUUGAGGGGCCAUUACUCUGCCUAUGACACCAAGAUAUAUGGGUGUGCAGUUGAAAAUAUUAACUGCAAAAAGUAAUUAUUUCAUAUUAAAUUGUUGUAUAAGGUCUUUUUCAAAAUGUAGCCUGUCUUAAAAAUGAGACUAUAAGUAAUGCAUUUGAGUAAAUAUGCAAAUUAUAUAUAUUUCAUAAACUGAAUAAAAACUAAAAUGCACAAAAGCACAUUACUAAAAGUUUUCUCUAUCUUCUCUUAUUAUUAUUCUAGCUAUUAUAUUUGAAAUUAAGAAUUUAAUUUGGUUUAUAAAUUUAUAUACUAUAUUAUUGAGUAAGGAAUGUAACCAUGUCAUUUGUAGAUGCAACUUUAAUCAUUAUGUUAUACAAUUAUUUAGUUUUUAAGAAACUUAGAUUAAAAAUACAUAUUAUUUAGUAAGUAUUGUAUCACUUUAAAGAGUUUUUCAUAAAAUGUUAAAAAGAAAAGUAGUCAUAAAACUUCAAUACAGAGUAAUUAAAAAUCAUUUAAUUUACCAAUAAUCUCAGUAUUAGCCCCAAAAUACUAAACUCUCUCUCUCUCUUUCUUUUUUCUCUCUGUCACAGACACACAAACACACUCACAUACACACACAGAAUGUUCAAAUAUGUAAAGAUAUUAAGAAUAGAGAGCCAGAUUUUCUCUUAAUUGAAGAAAGAAUUUACAAAUUUGAAGGGUAAAAACUUGUGUGGUUGGAUCAGAAUUAGAAAUAAGAGAAAUAACAAACACAUAUUUAAUACGCAGACUUUUCAUCACCUCUGUCCCUUUCUUGAUGCACUGAUGCUUCUUCCCCUGCAUCAAGAUCCUCCCUCCCUUGUCCAGAUUUCCCCAUAAUGUGCAGACAAUUGUUUACAAGAAAGCCCUUCUUGAGCUGGUUAGACUUGAACUUCCAGCCCGAGUGUCCCCUAACAGAAUGUUCUCAUCCUGCUCAACUUCUAACACCCCACACCAGGCUGCACACACAUUUCUAGGCCCCUCUUGGACUCCGAUUUCCAUGUUUGAAUGCCAUAUCGUUUCUCACCUACAACACUUUUCUACCCAGCCUGGACUCUGACAACAUGCCCUCCAUUUUGUUUCCCCCUUCUUUGCACAGAGACACUUUCCUAAUCCACCUCAUGUUGGUGUGUCCAUCUCUUGUAGAAACAAGCCUCACCCUGCUUUCGCUCCGAAAUGAUGUCCUGGGUCACCAUCCUACUCAUUACUUUCUCACACUACUCAAAACACACCACUAAUAAUCUGUCCCCACGGCACUCUUGUCAUCUCCCUCCCACUCCUCUGUCACCUCUUCUGUAACACUGUCUUCCCCGUCCUUAACAUAAUGCUGCUGUAUUUGGCCCUACCUAGGAAUAGAGUAGUUGAAGAAGAGAAAGGAAUAAAAGGGAGGGAAAAGAUGAAGUGGUUGUUUAAAAGAAAGAUGAUGAGGAAAAUGAACAGCCCAAUAUAAUCCUGAAAGUCAUCAAUAUUAGUGUUUAUUUCAGGUUAAAUUUUUAAAUGAAGUAUCUUUAUAUCUUUGAUGAAGAAGAUACAUCCAAUGUACAGUAUUCAGCUCAGGGUUUUGUAUGGAAAAGAAAUGUUUACUAAUGAAGAUCUAAAAAACUGUGAGCAGGAAGAUCAAGUGUGAAGAAAAUCAUGUCAUAGAAAUAUCUAAAGGCACAAGAUGUGGCAUAGACAAGUAAAGUGUUUGGAACAUGAAUGUAUGAUGAUCUGAGUAUUAAUAGGAAUGCCAUAUGCAAAACCGCUGUAUUUAUUCUGUGUGGUUUUGAAGGGAUAACUGGGUAAAGCAUAAACAGAAAAACCUAAACUAGCCUUUCUAAAUAUAAAAGCCAUUAAAAAAUAAGAAAGGCUUUUUUAAAAAAUACGGAGGUAUGAGCACACGCUUCCAACAUUUUCCUCACUGGAUAUGCCCUCCAUCAUUACCUAACAAAAAUAUUUGAUUAGCCAAAAAGUAUGUGGACACGUUGGAAAAACUGGAUGUAUGCUGGUGAUUUUAGAAGUGUCUAUCUUCAAAUUCAAAUUAUGUGAGCAUUCUUUUAGAUACUGUACCAAUGGAUCAAGAUGAAUAGAAAUCAGCAAAGAUCAAAUAAAAACUUGAGUUCCUGAGACAGGUCCUCCAUGGCAUGAGAAUUAAAAAUAAGCAACAUGAACAGAACUCUACCAGUAACUUCAGAGAGAGAGAAUGUGAAAUAAGAUGGAAGAGAAAGGGGAAUAAAGAGAAGAAAUGAGAGAAAAACUUUUUGUGAGAUAAAAGUUCCAGAAAUAUGAAGUACAAAGAUUUUUUUGAUCCAGUUGAAAGUGAUGAAGAUAUAGCAAGUGAUCACGAUGAUGAUCUGGUUCAAACAAGAUGAUGAAAUUGCUGAAGAAGCAGCAGAAGAACUAAGCAUUUCUGAAAUGUAUUUUGAACCAUCCUUUACAUUGUGAGCUGGAAUUGCCCAAUCAUGUAUUGGUACUUGUGGUUUUCACAUAUGUUUGUUUUAAGAAGUUAGAUUCUCUCCUAUCAGAUAUUCUCAAGAUAGCCAGAGGAAAGUCUGGAUUUAAAGGGACAUUAGAGAUCAUUUAAUGAAGAAAAAUAUUACUGGCAGUAGCAAUCAAACCUUUCUUACCAGGAACUUUGAUUUGGUUUUGUGCCCAAAAUAUCCUGUUAUUUUUGUGAGAUAGAAGGUUUGUAUUAUAGAUUGAUGAAUAAUUUAUUUUCUAUAUAUUGGACACUUUUUGUUCUGUUUCUUACAUAGCAUGUCACUUAAAUGAUACCUUCUCUUCCUCCAUACCUGAAUGAUUUUGGAAGUUCUGAGCAUUUGGUGGCAUUAGGCAUAUAAAAGAAGAACUUUAUUAAGGGAAAAUAUGUUUCCUUUUGUUUUUCUAAUGGAAAGCAGUAUAUUUCUUUUUGUAAGAGUUUUGGUAGUGCAGGGAUGGAGACGAUGACCUGGAAGAAAGUGAAGACAGUAAACAAGGUAAAGAAAGCUUGAAAAGAGUGACCUUUGCUUCACCGGAUGAUGAGGCAACUGAAGAUGCAGGUGUUUUAAAUGUAAAGAAAAAUUCUGAUGAAGAUAAAUCCUCUUUUCAAAAAAGACAGGAAAAGCAUAUCUCUCCUGACAAAGCUGUCCUGAGAACCUCUUCUUGUAACUGUUUUGACUGCUCUGGAGGAUGCCGCCUACGUCUUUAAGAUGAAUGAUAAAAAUUACAUCUUUAGAAAAAGAGUUGUUAGAAAAAAGCCUUGGCUGCGUGUGGGGGAAGUGACAACACAGAAGAGACCAGAGAAGAGCCUCCUGGAGGAGAGCUGCGCUUUGACCAUGCUGUCCGGAUGGGUGUGGUGCACUCUUCUGCAGAGUGUUCACUUCUCUGCUUUUUCUAUGGUCCCAUUUCAUAGAAAGAUUUGGGGUGAUGUUUCUUUCCCUCAACUUUUUUAUUUUAAAAACUUGCAAACACAGAAAAGUUGAUAAAAUCAUGCAGUGAACAUAUGUAUGCUAUUCAACUGGAUUCACUAGUUAACGUUUUGUCAUAUUUGUUUUCUCUCUUCCACGUAUGGAAGAUUGUAUAUGUGCCCUUCUUCCCCCUGAAUGAUUUCAAAGUAAGUUGGCAGUAUCAGAGCAUUUCACUGUUAAGUACUUUUGCAGAUAUCGUCUAAGAACCAGGACAUUCUCCUAUAUAAUCACAAUGCCAUUAAUCCACCCAAAAAUUUUAACUUCAAUACACUAAUGAUAUCUAAUGUAUGGAUUAUAAUCAGCUUUCUGGCAGUAAUCUGUUUAGAAGGCUUGCAUCCUGUCACUGUCCACCGAUUAAAUUUUGAACUCUAACUUGAAACCCUGGUCAUCUCAUUGCCUUCUUUCUUAUACCCAUUAAAUCCAAAGGAGCUCUCAUUUUAUUUCUACAGAAAAGAGAAUGGAAAAGAGGGGAAGAGUCCCUAGUACCUUGGAUAAAGUAUGAGCACUUACUACCAUAUGUAUUCUAGUUCUGUAGUUUUCAAACUUCAGGGAGCAUCUCAAGGCUUAUUAAAGCACAGAUAGCUGUCCUUCCCCACUUUCUGAUUCAGGAGGUGUGGGGCUGGCCCAGGAAUUUGCAUGUCUAACAAGUUCCCACAUGUUGCUGAUGCUGAGGGUCUAAGGAAUACAAUGCGUGAACCCGUGGUUUAGUGGAUAUCCACCUAAUGAAUACAUGUUGUAUUUCCUUUUGCACCUGUGAUUACAGAGGAAAAACCUUUCAACUGGAAGAUAUCAUUAAACAGAGGAUAAGAGAUCAGUUGAGAGACCAUCAUGCCCAGACCAACCCUAGUGUUGGUGCAGGAGCAAGCGACGCCAAAAAGAAGAAAAUAAAUAAUGGCACUAACCCUGAGUCAACCACUUCUGAUGGUUGCCACUCACCUGAGGAUGAAAAGAAGGCAAACCACCAACAUCAGGAAGCUCUAAGGAGGGAGCUAGAGGCCCAGGUUCAUACCAUACGAAUCCUUACAUGUCAGAAAACCGAGCUUCAGACGGCACUCUAUUACAGCCAGCAAGCUGUCAAGCAGUUGGAAGGAGAGGCCAGGGAUCUGAUCGGCCGCCUGCAUGAUUCAUGGAAGUUUGCAGGAGAGUUAGAGCAGGCUCUCUCUGCCGUCACUACACAGAAGGAGAAGGCGGAUAAGUACAUCGAGGAGUUAACAAAGGAGAGGGACACCCUGAGUCUGGAACUGUACAGGAACACCAUAACCGAUGAGGAGCUGAAGGAGAAAAAUGCCGAACUACAAGAAAAACUUCGACUUAUAGAAUCUGAAAAGUGUGAGAUCCAGCUCAACGUAAAGGAGCUAAAAAGAAAGCUGGAGAGGGCCAAGCUCCUGCUGCCACAGCAGCAGCUGCAGGCGGAGGCUGACCACCUGGGUAAGGAGCUGCAGAGUGUGUCAGCAAAGCUCCAAGCCCAGGUGGAAGAGAACGAGUUGUGGAACCGCCUGAACCAGCAACAGGAGGAGAAGAUGUGGAGCCAGGAGGAGAAGAUACGGGAGAGGGAGGAGAAGAUACGGGAGCGGGAGGAGAAGAUACAAGAGCAGGAGGAGAAGAUACGGGAGCAGGAGGAGAAGAUGCAGAGGCAGGAGGAGAUGAUGCGAGAGAAGGAGGAGAAGAUACGGGAGCUGGAGGAGAAGAUACACGAGCAGGAAAAGAUACGGGAGGAGGAGGAGAAGAGGCAGGAGCAGGAGAAGAUACGUGAGCAGGAGAAGAGGCUGGAGCAGGAGGAGAAGAUGUGGAGGCAGGAGGAGAAGAUACACAAGCAGGAGGAGAAGAUACGGGAGCAGGAGGAGAAGAUGUGGAGGCAGGAGGAGAAGAUGCAUGAGCAGGAGAAGAUACGGGAGGAGGAGAAGAGGCAGGAGCAGGAGGAGAAGAUGUGGAGGCAGGAGGAGAAGAUACGGGAGCAGGAGGAGAUGUGGAGGCAGAAGGAGAAGAUGCACCAGCAGGAGGAGAAGAUACGGGAGCAGGAGGAGAAGAUGUGGAGGCAGGAGGAGAAGAUACGGGAGCAGGAGAAGAAGAUGGGGAGGCAGGAGGAGAAGAUAUGGGAGCAGGAGGAGAAGAUGGGGAGGCAGGAGGAGAAGAUACGGGAGCAGGAGGAGAAGAUGCACAAGCAGGAGGAGAAGAUGUGGAGGCAGGAGGAGAAGAUGCACGAGCAGGAGAAGAUACGGGAGGAGGAGAAGAGGCAGGAGCAGGAGGAGAAGAUAUGGAGGCAGGAGGAGAAGAUACGGGAGCAGGAGAAGAUGUGGAGGCAGAAGGAGAAGAUGCGUGAGCAGGAGGAAAAGAUACGGGAGCAGGAGGAGAAGAUGUGGAGGCAGGAGGAGAAGGUGCGGAAGCAGAAAGAUAUGAUGCGGGAGCAGGAGGAGAAGAUACAUGAGCAGGAGGAGAUGAUGCAGGAACAGGAAGAGAAGAUGCAGGAACAGGAGGAGAAGAUGCGGAGGCAGGAGGAGAAGAUGUGGGAGCAGGAAGUGAGGCUGCGGCACCAGGAGGAGAAGAUGCAGGAACUGGAGGAGCACCUGGAAGCUGCCAUCUACCGAGCAGAUGACAAGAACGCAAAAACAAUAAACAUGUAAAAGCCGGCAGCAAGGCCUGGAGAAGAGUAAGCCGCCACGUGACUGUUUAGAAGAGAGUCUGAGCACAAACCUGGAAAAAAACAUUUAUUUAUUUUAAAUUGUGGCAAAAUACUGGCCAGGCACGGUGGCUCACACCUGUAAUCCCAGCAACUUGGGAGACCAAGGUGAAUGGAUGACCUGAGGUCAGGGGUUCAAGACCAGCCUGGCCAAUACAAAAAUUAGCCGGGCAUGGUGGCGCGUGCCUGUAAUCCCAGCUACUUGGGAGGCUGAGGCAGGAGAAUCGCUUGAACCUGCGAGGCAGAGGUUGCAGUGAGCUGAGAUCGUGCCACUGCACUCAAGCCUGGGUGACAGAGCGAGACUCCGUCUCAAAAAAAAAAAAAAGUUUCUUCCUAACAUGUAUGUUUCUAUUGUGUUUUUUCUUGGUCUUUCUCGUUUAGUCUUGUGUUGUCUUAUGGCAUUCCUAAUAAACUUUGUUCU